AUGUGGAAUGAAAUGCAAAAGCUCUUCUUGGAGAGGUAUUUCCCAGUUUCAAAGGCUACAAACAUCAGAAAAGAAAUCUGUAGCAUUCGUUGCCCAAACCACCAAAUCAGUGAGCAAUUACUUCUACAAUACUUCUAUGAAGGAUUGCUCUCGAUGAAAAGAAGUAUGAUUGAUGCGGCUAGUGGAGGAGCUUUAAUGGAUAAAACACCGACGGUUGCUAGGGAUUUGAUAGCUAACAUGGCCGCCAACUCACAACAAUUUGGUAGUAGAGAAGUGGCACCAGUUAAACAAGCAAGUGAGCUAGGAGCAACCUCUCAAAUUGAACGACAAUUAGCUGGUCUUACAUCGCUUGUGCAGCAAAUGGCACUUGGGACAAUGCAACAAGCAAAAGUGUGCGGGAUUUGUUCUAUUGUGGGACAUCCUACUGAGGAAUGCCCGACACUACAAAAAGGAGCGUCAGAGCAAGCGAAUGCCAUUAGGGGGUUUCCAAUGCAACAGAGACGGAGAUAUGAUCUAUAUGCUAACACAUACAAUCCUGGAUUUAGAGAUCAUCCUAAUCUCAGUUAUGGAGGAAAUCAUUUCAUAACUCCACAAUCACAAUUUAAUCAUCCCCUAGGGUUCAAUCAACAAAGGCAACCACAACACCCUCAACCUCAUCAACAAACUCCGCCUCAAAGUUCAGAGAUAUCUCUUGAGGAUAUGGUUAAGUCCUUGCCUUCUAGAUUGGGAAAACUUCCUUCUCAAGCAAUCAACUUGAGAGAAAAUGCUAGUGCUUUGACACUAAGAAGUGGAAAAAUUCUGGAAGAGGCAUCAAAGAAAAUGAAAGAUCAAAUUGAGGAGUCAAUGCAAGUGAAGAAUUUAGCAUGUGAAAAAGAUGAAGCUACGACUCCACUGCGGGAUCUAAGAUAG